CGCCCUUUGAUAAUGCAGCAUGGGCGAAAAUACCAGAGUCGAAAGCUGCAGCUGAGGAAGCGGACCCGUGUACUGUCAACGGUUUUUGACGGUUGAACGUAAGUGAUGUUCCAACGAUGCCGAUAGUCGAUAAACUCAAGGAGGCGCUAAAACCUGGCCGAAAGGACACGGGUGAUGAAGGCGACCUCAACAAACUCUUGGCUUCUUCUGCCAAGAAGGUCCUUUUGCAGAAGAUAGAGUUUGAGCCUGCCAGUAAAGGUUUCUCCUAUCAAUUGGACAGCCUGAAGAACAAGUAUGUGAUCCUCAACCCCAGAAAUGAGGGCGCUACAGGCCAGAAGGCAGCAGAGCCUGCCCAGAUAAAGCGGCAAGUCUCAGAGAAUGUGAUCGGGAGCCAAAGUGAUGGGAUCCCGGCCCCCCAGAAGAUGCUGUUUCCAGGGAACAAGCUCACCCUUAAAUGGGAGCGCGUGUACAGGGUGGGAGCCGGUCUCCACAACCUUGGGAACACCUGCUUCCUUAACUCCACAGUCCAGUGUCUCACCUACACACCGCCACUUGCCAACUACUUACUCUCCAAGGAGCACAGCCGUGCCUGUCACCAGUCAGGCUUCUGUAUGAUCUGUGUAAUGCAGAAUCACAUCAUCCAAGCCUUUGCCAACACGGGCAACGCCAUCAAGCCCGUCUCCUUCAUCAGAGACCUGAAAAAAAUUGCCCGGCACUUUCGCUUUGGAAGCCAGGAGGACGCCCAUGAAUUCUUGCGGUACACCAUCGAUGCCAUGCAGAAAGCCUGUCUAAAUGGCUACCCUAAGCUGGACAGACAGACCCAGGCGACAACGCUGGUUCAUCAGAUCUUUGGAGGUUACCUCAGGUCAAGAGUGAAAUGCUCUAUUUGUAAAAGUGUGUCAGAUACAUAUGACCCUUACCUGGACAUCGCUGUGGAAAUUAGGCAAGCAGCAAACAUCGUCCGAGCCUUGGAACUGUUUGUAAAACCAGAUGUACUGAGUGGAGAGAAUGCCUACAUGUGUGCCAAGUGCAAAAAGAAAGUGCCGGCCACCAAGCGCUUCACAGUCCAUCGAACAUCUAAUGUACUGACGCUUUCACUGAAGAGGUUUGCCAACUUCAGUGGAGGAAAGAUAACAAAGGAUGUUGGCUAUCCAGAAUUCCUGAACAUCCGCCCGUACAUGUCUCAGAGCUCAGGAGAUCCUGUUAUGUAUGGCCUCUAUGCCGUCCUUGUGCACUCUGGCUACAGCUGUCACGCUGGCCACUACUACUGCUAUGUCAAGGCAAGCAAUGGUCAAUGGUACCAAAUGAAUGAUUCAAUGGUGCACUCCAGCAACAUCAAAGUGGUGUUGAACCAGCAGGCCUAUGUGCUUUUCUACCUGAGGAUCCCUGAAACAAAGAAGAAUGCUGAUGGGCAGACGACCAAGCAGGGCGUGUUGCAUCCUGGGAAGAACAGUGCGUCGUCCGAGCAGAUAAAGAGGGCAAACUUGAAUGGCCCGUUAUCAUCCCCCCAGGUCACAAAGAAACUUGAACCUGCACAGCUGCGCAAGAUCCAGUCCAUGGACGGCGGUUUAGGUUUACCCGUUUCCAGGAACGGCGUGAACUCUCAACCGCAGCCCAGAAUUUCCAACUGGACGUCAUCCUCCAACGGCCCGCCCAAGCUGCCAGGUGGGCCCACGGUCAUCGAGGAACCUUUCAAGAAGCUAAAGAAGCCAGCUCCCCAGAGCCAAGCGCAGUCCCGCAGCAGCACUCCAACCCCCUCCAACAACGGGGUGAGCAGGACGGAGGGAGAUAAAAAGCAGGGCGGAGAGGGAAGAGGCAUGGCAGCGUCUACCUCAUUUAAGUCUUUGUCUGACUCUUCCUCUGCUGACACCGUCGACUCAAAGGACUCUGUGGGCCCAAAAAGUGCUCCAGUAGGAGAGACUCCCUCCACCCCAAGGAAAGGCCCUAACGGUGUGUCGUCUCCAGCCAAGAGCGUGGAGCGCUCUCAGAGCACAGAGGAGCAGAAGACGGCAAAAAUUAAAGCCCCCGUCCUCAACAACAUCACAUCAGAAGCCACCAGCACCAUGUCACCUCCACCUGCCAAGAAGCUGGCACUGUCAGCCAAAAAGGCUCGCAGCCAGAAUCCGAGCAGCAUUGAUGCUCCGCCCCCUUUGCCACGCCAGCGAUCCAGUGACCCUACGCAUCAAAAUCAACUUAACCCUCUCACCUUAGCCUCACCUACUCACAAUCACAGAGCUGGUCCAUUCCAUUUCCCUAAAGUCCAGUCCUCAUCACAGCUGUUUGCCCAGCAGAGCCCUAAGAAACCGUCUUCUUUGUCCACACAGCAAAAACAAACUGCCAGCCUUUCUUUCAAAACAAAUGGGCUUCACAGUUUCAGCCUGAAGAGCCCCAAGUCUUCGAACAACCCCAGCUCCCCGGUGAAAGACCCAGACCUCGAUAGCCCUGGAGCUCAAACAGCCAGCCAGAAGAAGAGGAAGAAGAAAAAGAAGCGGCGCCACUCUGAGGUGGAGCCUGAAACUGAGCCAAUAACAACCCCACCUGUUAAAGAAACACAAAUCAACCUAUUGGAAUCAGCGAGCGAGAAGAAGAGGAAGAAGAAAAAGAAAAAGCGGAAGAGGGAGAACGAGGAUGGAGAGAAAGUGAAGGAGAGGGAGUGUGUGCCAUCUCACCUGGACUCGUCAAACCAGGACGAGGAUUGGUGUCAGGGUGGCAUGUGGAGUCUGACAUCCAAUCAGGAUGCAGAUCAGACUCAGCAAAAGCCUCAUAUAGAUGCAGCAAGUCCCCAAAGGCAGCGUGAGUCAAACCAGACAGAAAAGGGAAGCAACUCAGUAAAGUUAAAAAAGAAGAAGAAGAAGAAAAAGAAGAUGCAGCUCGAGGAGUCUCUGCAGGACACAGCUUCCGCAUGCUCUGCUUCAGAUAGCACUUCAGAGACAAAGGCCACAGCUGUACUGAAUAAUACAGGAAAUUUGACGGUGUCAAAAAAGAAAUUAAAGACAAAGAAGAAGAAGAGGCUAAAAGAAGAGGUGGGGCUGUGGGAGGAGAGUAGGCGAUGCUCAGAUGUAAAAAACGAGGAGCCUGAAGCAGCAGCAGAGACCCCUUCAAAGAAGAUCAGCAUGGAGAACAGCAAACAGAGUCAACAAAGUGCAGCAGCUGUAGUAAUGUGGGACAGCCAAGUGAAGGAUGGAUACAAACGCAGCCAGGCACCAGCGGCUGAUGGGGACAAACCUGCCCCUGCUGCUCCUGCUGCCUGGGAUGGAAAGAAGACGAGCGGGGUGGUGGAGGAGCUGCUGAAGAACGCUACAGAUAAAGCUUAUGGAGCCAAUGUCCUCAGUUGGGAUGGAGAGGUCUCUGCUAUAAGUCUCGAUGCUGCUGAAGAUGUCCGCCAUGCCCAGAGUGACACUGUGAUCGAUGAGUGGGAUGAAGACUUCGACAGGGGGAAGGUGAAGAAAAUCAAAAACUAUAAAAGAGAGAAGUGGAGAGGUGGCAUCAGCAUCUUUCAAAAGAUCCAGGACAGACGGAACAAGUGGUCCGUAACACCCGGAGGGAAGAGGGUUUUUGGAGUCCGGCGCUGAAAGUCUUGCUGGAUUUUGCGGUCAUGUUGACUGGAAACCAGACGACAAUACUGUAUACCAAACUCUUGUUAUUUUUCUACAUCUCUCUUGUGUUAACACAAAUCUCUGAGUUAUAAAUGAGCCCAAAGCAGCUUUCCUCAAUCUCAGCUCUAAAAAACACGAGAUGUUGUCUGCAGGUUUUAGUAACAAUGGCCAGUAUGAUUUGACAGCUCUUUUAAUAAACCAGUGGCUCAAGCCUUCCUUGCAAUUAGGAUUUAACAGAAAUGCUCACAGCUCCAUGAUGGCUUUCUUUUAAUUUGUGUAAUUGCCCUCAAAAAUCUUGAGCUGCUAUGAAAUUAAUGUAUUCAAGGCUUCAGAGUUGUCCUGUAUGGGAGUGAAUGGGUUAAGUAGGAUGGAUAUCAAAGAAGUGACCUUUUGUCUUUACAGCUCCCCUGCAAUUAGUCUACACCAAAUUAUGGAGUUCCAAAUAUAUUCUUUAAAAUCUGUUUUUUAGAUUUCUUUAUAAUUACCCUUUGUUAUAUAUUUAUCCACCAUUAUUUAAUUUUUCUGCUGUGUCUGUGCCAUGUGGCUGGUUUUUGAGGACCAAAUUUUGCCUGCUUAUUGUUGGUGAAAUGAGGGUUUAAAAUUGCCACCUUUUUUAUGCAUGUCCAAACUGGUUCAAGGAAAAAUUUCUGUGUUUUUUAUUUUUUUGGUUUAAAGAUGAAACAUUUGAGUCCACAAAAAAGUGUUAGCUCAUUUGUAUCACUUAAUCUUACAACCAUUUCAGAAUGGGUGCGUGGUGGCUGCGUCUCCGCUGCAUCGUGGUAUGAUUUUAAUUUCCACAGACAUGUUAGGUCAGGGAUUUAAGACCACCUGCAUGAGCACUGCGUCAGAUGAGCUGAGAGUGUGACUGUCUGAUCUGAUUUUUUUUUUUCCAUGGUCUUAAAGCAAAAAUCAAAUUAUUUCAAGGGUCAGACCAACAACGCCACACGCCGCUCUUUUCCCAUCGACUUCCUUCCUCUCCCUGGUCUGUCUUGAUUUCCUGCAUCAGUGUGAGAACUCAGGCCAUGUGCGACUAUCGUUCUGGUCGUGUGUCAUAAACAUUUCAGUUGCACAGUGAAUGCUGAGAGUAGACCACCACUGUUACACAGUAAGAUGCAUUCAGCCCGAACAAAGGCAGGGAUCAAAACCUAACAGAAGCAUAAGGGGGGUGGGGGGGGUGGGUUCACAAAGGGCGGCAGCCAACACGCAACACACAUGUGCCUGGUAUGACAGAAGUGAUGGCACAAGCCAAAGCAGAAGCAUGCUGCAGCUGUCACACAGCAAACAUGCACCCAGUCUGAAACGAGGGUUAGAUGUACCCACUAGGAAAGGGAAUUGGAAAUUUGUGAUAAUGACCCUUAUCAAUACUGCUAUCCCUCUUUUAUAGGAGAAAAGUUGUUUAAUUGGUCGCAGAUACGCCAGUUGUGUUUUUACCAGAACUGGUAAAUCCAUUUUAAAAUGACAGGGAAGCCAAAUUUACAGCUGAGAUUUUAUUUUGUCUUUACGUUUGAGCACAUCAUGAUAUUUUUAUUAUGUUUUUAAUAAAACAUUCUCCUAACAGACAUUUUACCACACUGUAAUGUAACACAAGUCGCCUCAGUUAGUUAGCUAACUGGCUUUCCUCCUGCUGGAUUCGACACAAAUUUCAACAUUUGAAUGUCAAUUUUAACCAACAGGACAUGUUACAAAGUCUAGGUGAUCUUAAGUGGCUGCUUUGGAUGGAGGUGAAGAAUUGGCUUUUUUUAUUUAAUGGACUCAGAAGGCUCAAUAGCAGUACUGAUAAGCUAAACCAUUAUCAGUUUUUGGGUUUGCAAAAUGUGGAACCAGCUUGUGAUCUCUACCCCUAGUACUCACGUGCAAAGUGCAUGGUGCUUUUUUCAGAGGCCAACCUGGGGUUGUUGGAUGAAUUCUUAUGUUAGCAGUUGUUUCCUACUGGGCAGUUAAUCAGCUCUGUAACUCCUCAUCAGUCCAGCGUUCAGACGCCCUCCAUCUACAGACCUAACUGUUUCAUUUUCAAAAACUCUGCUGAAAUAAAACGGUAACAUUUUCUACUUUAGGCACUGUGUUGGAAUGGGACCGCCACAUGCUGACACUUUAUUUUUCCCUCGUACGUUAUCUCUCUAUGCAAUUUUCUGACAGUCAUGCUGGUCUCAUUGAAACUGGGCUAAGACUCAGGAACCUGACGUCCUACAUCCCAUCUUCAUCUCUGAUCAAACUCCCCCUGGGCCACAUCAGCCUCUCCUUGAUGAACAUUUUGCAUCCUGUACAUCCUGUAGAAACGAUUUUAUACAAACUCUUUCAGGUGUGGAAACCAUGGGAUCAUGUUGCACCAACCCAGGCACAGAUGCAUAAAGAAACUAAUGUAACAAAAUGCUUCGCCACUGUAGAAGACUGUACAGUCCAUCUUGUGCUACCCGUUUCCCUCCAAUGCUGUAAAGACUUGCCCAUGCAUUUCUUUUCAUUCUAGAGAUGUUGCCUUGAAUUGGCUAUAAAAAGUGUAGGAUUUAAUGUUAUAAAUAUAUAAUUUAAAGAAGAAAAGACAGAUCUUUAAUGUGCUACUAAUACUCAGAUCAGUUGGUGGAUAUUAACCAGAGAAUUAAUCUGCAAAUGUGUUAGUUCAUUUGUGUACAAGAGAGUUGUCUGUUUCUGCGCAAGACCUUCCCAGUGUCACUGUAGUGUGUACAGUACAUGAGAAGAUACCACAGUCUGAUUUCCAUAGGAUGUUCUUGUCGGCUGUGGAGUUGAAGUAGUUUGUGACUCUGAAACAGACACAGGAGCAUUUCCCAGUGUGUGAAUGGACGGUUCACAUGUUUGCAUUGAUGGUUCUAUAUAUGGCGCCACCUUUUCUGACCAGGGAAGAGAGCUUUCAUAAUGAAAGCGGCUCUUACCACACUAUAGGUAACUAUCAAGGUGCAAUAAAGUUGUGACUUUUGUGAAA